AGGGAAAAUUUUGUUCCUACAGGUUUUUAAGUGGGUAGAGGCAAGGAGCUAGCUGAUCCGGGCAAAGCCACUGCAAUUUAGAUCUCUAUCUAUAGACUAUUUUUUUUCCUUAAAAAAAAAUUGGAAAAUACAAGAAGUUUGGAUUUUUUUUCCCGAUUCUUUUUUUGGAGGGGGAAACUGCAUCGUAAGCUUUCGGAGAAACCCAACAUGUCAACUACCUUUCCGGGACUAGUCCACGAUGCCGAGAUACGUCACGACGGAUCAAACAGCUACCGUUUGAUGCAGCUUGGCUGUCUGGAGUCCGUAGCCAAUUCCACUGUCGCCUAUUCCUCCUCCUCUCCUUUAACUUACUCCACCACCGGCACCGAGUUCGCGUCCCCCUACUUCUCCACUAACCACCAGUACACCCCGCUCCACCACCAGUCCUUCCAUUACGAGUUUCAGCACAGCCACCCAGCCGUCACCCCUGACGCCUACUCUCUGAACUCGCUCCACCACUCGCAACAGUACUACCAGCAGAUCCACCACGGGGAGCCCACAGACUUUAUUAACCUGCACAAUGCGCGGGCGCUCAAGUCGUCCUGCCUGGACGAGCAGAGGCGGGAACUGGGCUGCCUCGAUGCCUACCGCCGCCACGACCUGUCCCUCAUGAGUCAUGGCUCUCAGUAUGGAAUGCACCCAGAUCAAAGACUCCUGCCAGGGCCCAGCCUGGGGCUGGCCGCCGCUGGAGCAGACGACUUGCAGGGCUCCGUGGAAGCCCAGUGUGGACUUGUUCUCAAUGGCCAAGGUGGAGUGAUAAGAAGAGGUGGUACCUGUGUGGUCAACCCCACAGACUUGUUUUGCUCUGUCCCUGGCCGUUUGUCCCUUCUCAGUUCUACUUCCAAAUACAAAGUAACCAUUGCUGAAGUGAAGAGGCGCCUCUCACCACCCGAAUGCCUCAAUGCUUCACUCUUGGGAGGCAUUUUGAGGAGAGCAAAGUCCAAGAAUGGGGGCCGCUGCCUGAGAGAGAAGCUAGAUCGGCUUGGCCUGAACUUGCCAGCAGGAAGACGGAAAGCAGCCAAUGUUACCCUCCUCACUUCCUUAGUUGAAGGGGAGGCUUUACACUUGGCUCGAGAUUUUGGCUACACUUGCGAAACAGAGUUUCCCGCCAAAGCUGUAGGAGAACAUCUUGCCAGACAACAUAUGGAACAGAAAGAACAGACGGCAAGAAAAAAGAUGAUCCUAGCGACCAAACAAAUUUGUAAAGAAUUCCAAGACCUCUUGAGCCAAGAUAGGUCACCACUGGGAUCCUCCAGACCCACUCCAAUUCUAGACCUGGACAUCCAGAGACACUUAACACAUUUCAGUUUGAUCACUCAUGGCUUUGGGACUCCAGCAAUAUGUGCAGCCCUAAGCACUUUCCAAACAGUCCUCAGUGAAAUGCUGAACUACUUGGAAAAACAUACUACCCACAAAAACGGCGGAGCGGCAGAUUCUGGCCAAGGACAUGCCAACUCGGAGAAAGCCCCCCUGCGGAAAACUUCAGAAGCUGCGGUGAAAGAGGGCAAAACAGAAAAGACAGACUAGCUGCAUCAAACAGAAUCUAUUUCCAGAGAGUCUUGCUGCUGAUAUUUUUUCUAAUAUAUAUAUCAUUGAGGGUGAUUAAUCUUCAGUGGACUAAAUCUCGACCCUCCCCUGAACCGUCAUAAAAAACAAAACUGGAAAUGAAAAAUGAAACAAAAAAGGACAAAACCACAAAAAAAGAGAAAAAAAGGAAAACAGCAGUGUAACUGUGUGAUGAAAUUGUCACUUUUUAAUUUUAUGUUAUGAUAAACUCCUUUUGUGCACGUAAUUUAUUGUUCUGAAUUAUACACAUCACAAUUCUAAGCACUUCCGGACUUUGGAGAGGCAGCACAUGCUUUUUCACACCUGACUGAUGCACUUUCUUACCCAGCGUCAUAGGUAGGGAUCAGAAAGCAUGACCAAACUGGAAUCCACCACCAGAGAUAACAGCUCCAAUCUUUCUUGACUUAAUUCCCUGUAACAAGAGUGCCUCUUUCCAUUAACUAGAACACUCUGGCAAUCAAUCCAUCAAUAAAUAUUUUGGGAGCUCAGAACGGCAGUCAUGAAUCUUUGUCCUGUAAAUUGACAGAAAUUGUAAAAUUUUGGCCACCCCCAGCCCACUUAACUACCAGUGCCUUGGUGGUAUUUAAAAAUUCCAGAAAAUGCUGUCCCCUCUGUGUAUGACUAUUCUCACCCCACCCUAAGUCCUUCUGUAUUUUUCCCCAAUAGCUAAGAAGAGAGUCGGCAUAAUAUUUGAAGAGAGAAGUAAUAAAUGAACUCCUCUACCCAUUCUCAUAUACCCAACCUAACAGCUGGAGAAACAGACUGCACUUAAUGGGUUGGGGCAGGAUGGAUACAGGAAAAGGUAGCUUUGCCACCUGGUCUCCCAAUGGGAAGCAGUGGGAUUGUGUAGCCUGGAAAUGCUUGGGAAUAGGAGCAGUGAUCUUUCCAGGAGGCCCCGCCCCUCAGAGACAGGAGAGGAGCCCAGGGCACCACUGGAGGUCCACUGAAGUGCUGGUGGCCAAUGGUUGUAUGAUUUGAAUGAACGCCCUCUUUUUUCUACCUUUGUGCAUUUUCUGUCUGCCCAAUAGCUGUGUUCUAAACCUUUAGAAGCACAGAAUCAUUCAGGUGUGUGUUUAAUUAAAAGGAAAAAAAAACAAUAAUCAGAGAAGAUUUUUGCUUUUAAGAUGAUGCUUCCUUUUUUUUUUUUUAGCUUGUUCUUAUAGCUUCAUUGUUCUUUAAUUAAGAUAUGAAAAACAAGAGGUUCUAGGCUGUAAAAGCCAGAGGAUAAUUGAGUGAAAGGACCAGUUAAACCAGAAAGUUUCAAUAAACCUGAUUGGUACCACAUUGUUCUAGCCUUUCUACUGUUAAUUUUUCCAACUGCUAAGCAAAUAAAGAUAUAAGUCAUCAUCUAUGAAAAAAUACUUUAAUAAUGUGUGGACACAACACAGUGUAACAUGAAAAUAUUGUCCUCUUGUUAACAUAUUUCAAUUACUUUUGCUAAGUGUCUUCCAUAAUAUAAUCCCAUGGGGAGUAUUGGUAUUAUUUUGAAUUGGGAGGAAAUUGCUCAAGAUUUUUUAUGUAGAGAUCACAAGGAAAGUAUUUUUAUCUAACAAUAAUUCUUAAAAUUAUUUGACUUUUGUCUUCAGUCUUGUAUAGAAAAGAACCAUAACCAAUACAAAUCUAAAUUUUCUAGAUUAAAUUCAAUUAACAGACAUUACUAAGGAAUUCUAUGAUAAAGGGGUUUUAUAAUUACACAGGAGAAAGGCUUAAAAUAAAGAAAUGAAUUGUGAUUUCAUGUGUUUAGAUCCAUUUUUAAAAUUUUACCAUUAUUUCAAGCUUAAAUUUUUUUAAUAAAAUAGAAUAAAGCUGAGAUUCUGCUGCAGUUCCAAAUUUCAUCACAAAAUAAAUUAUUCCAUUUUACAUGAAAUUUUCCACAUUGUAAAUUAUACAUAUGAAAAAUGAUGAAUAUUUCAGUUCAUAAGUAGUAGGAAAGCUAUAUACUAAUAAUGUGGAUCACUAAUAUUUCCUUAAUAAAAUUUCCACAUUAACUUUCUUUCAUUCUUUUUAUUAUUAACAAUGCAUAUGUAUUUAAUAUGGCUUUUUGAUAUGCAUAUCUGCUAGGUACUUAAUGUAGUUAUACACCAUGUCAAAUAUUCACCAAUAAUCAGAUGAAAAAUUAGGUCUGGCUUAUAGUACCAGCUUAUUUCUCCACCCAUAGCUGUGACUAGUUGGGGUUCUUAAUACCUCAAUGGGGUGUUAUUAUUUACUAGCCUUGGAAACAAAAGUAUAACUAUAAACAAUUACAAUGCAUAUUAUUUGCCAGGACUUGGGGUGUCUUAAGAACCUUAAAUGGACAACACCCACCAUUUAACUUAACCAGCCAUUAGGACAGAAACAAAUUGAUGGACUGGUCAUGUUUAGAGUCAUUAUUUAUUAUCAUAUUCUAAUAGACAUUGUUAACAUACCAACUUUUGCCUUGUAUAUAAUAGGUACUCAACACUUUUUAAAUAAAUGAAUAAAUGAAUGUGUCUAUGUUCUUUGUCCAAAAUGG